AUGGAUAACGUACAUUUAAAAAAUUUAAUUGAUGAUUUAGUAUUUAAUCAAAAUUUUCUUAAUUAUUAUGAUUUAAAAGCAUAUCUCCAAAAAUAUGAUAACAAUAUAACGGGUGAUGAUAUGGAUUAUUAUUAUCCAUAUUAUAAAAAUGAAAUUUUGAAAUAUCAUGAUAAAAUAAUUUCUAAAAUUAAAGACAAAAUUAAAAAUAAUGAAUAUAUAAAGGGAAAAACUAAAUCACAACUUAAACAAUUGAAAGAUUUCAAAAAUAAAGUAUUAACAGAAGAAGAUAUUGAUGAAUUAUAUAAUUUAUAUAAUCCUGAGCCACAAAAACCAAAGCCAAAGGAACAAAAACAAAAGGAACAAAACACCCAGGUCCUUCAGACCAUAAAUGAUGCACAAGCUUUAAUUUAUGAUUCAUUAGUUAAACCAUAUUCAGCCCGACUUUUAAAUGAAGAUCAACUUUUGGAAUUCAUCCUUCAACAUAAACUCGAAGCGGGAAAGUAUAUCAAACCUUUAUAUACAGCAUAUUUAAAACAAAUGAAUAGAAUACAUCCAGAAUUAAUGAAGGAAGGAAUGAAAUCCAAAAUCAAAGCAGAUAAAAUUAAACCACCUGCAACACCAAAACCUCCAACGACGGUACCGCCUCCUCCUUCAGUUAAUCCCUCAUCAUUCACUUUAUUAUAUCCAUUUCAAACAUUUAAGAAGCAAAAAGAUUUUAAAAAGGAUUUCAAGAUAUUAA